UUCUUGUCUAUGGACAUUGUCAGCGCGUCGUCAUUUUGUGGUUGUCGUGCUAUUGCAUAUUAUUAGAAUUAAAAAUGUUAACUUUCAAAAGUAAUUACUAGUUACUCACGUUUUGUCUUAUUUUUAAGACAAGCAACAUAUCGCGUAGAUCGCACACGCUUUAUAAGCACCACGCACAAAAUGGCUGAUAUAAAGUCUAUGUUCAACAAGAUGUCGGCAGCCACAAAUGGCACCGGGGAUGCCCCAGUGGCAGCACCCGCAUCCAAAAACCAGAAGGGUUCAAUCGAGAAGAUUUACCAGAAGAAAUCUCAGCUGGAGCACAUCUUGCUCCGUCCGGAUACAUACAUCGGGUCUGUUGAACGGGCCCAUGAGACCAUGUGGGUCUUCGAUAAGGAGAAGGAGUGCAUGGUUCAGCGGGAGCUGAAUUUCGUGCCGGGUUUGUACAAGAUAUAUGAUGAAAUCCUCGUGAACGCGGCUGACAACAAGCAGAGAGAUCCCAAAAUGGAUGUAAUAAGAAUUGAGAUCAACCAAGAAACAAACACUAUCUCAGUGUACAACAAUGGUUGCGGUAUCCCUGUCGUCAUGCAUAAGGAAGAGAAGAUGUACGUGCCCACCAUGAUCUUCGGGCACCUCCUCACUUCAUCCAACUACAAUGACGAAGAGGAAAAGGUGACAGGAGGCAGAAACGGUUACGGUGCAAAACUCUGCAACAUCUUUUCCACAAAAUUCACAGUUGAAACUGCUUCUAAACAGUACAAAAAGCAUUUCAAGCAGACCUGGGGAUCAAACAUGACAAAGGCCUCUGAGCCUAAAAUUAAAGAGGCGGGACGAGAUGAUGAUUUUACUAAAGUGACUUUUAGCCCCGAUUUGGCUAAGUUUAAAAUGGAGAAGUUAGAAGAUGACAUAGUUGCGCUCAUGUCGCGCCGAGCCUACGACGUCGCCGCUUCAACCGCAGGUGUUAAGGUUUAUUUGAAUGGUGAAAGAUUGAAAAUCAAUAAAUUUAAGGAUUAUAUAGACUUAUAUAUCAAAGGUAAAGAAGAUGAGAACGGACAGCCGUUGAAGGUUGUUUACGAGAAAGUCAACGACCGCUGGGAGGUCGCUUUGACUCUAUCUGACAGAGGAUUCCAGCAAGUCUCCUUCGUAAACUCUAUCGCCACCACUAAAGGUGGAAAACAUGUUGACUCAGUAGCUGAUAAUAUAGUUAAGCAUGUAAUUGAAGUAUUAAAGAAGAAAAAUAAAGGUGGCGUUAAUAUUAAGCCUUUCCAGGUUAAGAAUCAUAUGUGGCUGUUCAUCAAUUGUUUAAUUGUGAACCCAACCUUUGACUCGCAGACGAAAGAAAACAUGACUCUUCAAGCUAAGAGCUUUGGGUCAAAAUGCACAUUUACAGACAAGUUUAUAACAGCGGUAAGCAAGAGCGGGCUCGUUGAGUCUGUCCUCACCUGGGCCAAAUUUAAGGCUCAAGCCGAGCUUGUCAAAACUUCCGGUAAAAAACAGAGUAAACUUAAAGGUAUACCGAAAUUAGAAGACGCAAACGACGCUGGCACGAAAAAUGCACAUCUCUGCACUUUGAUUCUCACCGAGGGAGACUCAGCCAAGACUUUAGCCGUCUCUGGGCUCAGCGUAGUGGGCAGGGACCAUUACGGAGUCUUUCCCUUGAAGGGUAAACCUUUAAACGUGAGAGACGCGUCUCACAAGCAGGUACUUGAGAAUGUUGAGAUUAAUAACUUAAUUAAGAUCCUCGGUCUCCAAUACAAGAAGAAAUAUAACACUAUGGACGACUUGAAAUCCUUGCGUUACGGUAAAUGCAUGAUUAUGGCCGAUCAGGAUCAAGACGGUUCUCACAUCAAAGGUCUCAUCAUUAACUUUAUACACCACAACUGGCCCGAAUUGCUCAAGCUGCCGUUCCUAGAAGAAUUCAUCACGCCUAUCGUGAAAGCAACAAAGAAAGAUAAAGAGAUAUCUUUUUACUCUCUCCCAGAAUUCGAGGAAUGGAAGAGAGAUACUGAAAAUCAUCACACUUACAAUAUAAAGUACUACAAAGGUUUGGGUACCUCCACAUCUAAGGAGGCUAAAGAAUAUUUCCAGAACAUGGAAAGGCAUAGGAUUAAGUUCAAGUAUGGUGGGCCUACGGAUGACCACCAUAUUGAGUUGGCGUUUUCGAAGAAGGGCGCUGACCAGAGGAAGGAGUGGUUGACAAAUCACAUGGAUGAAGUGAAACGUAGGAAAGAAAUUGGGCUGCCGGAGAGAUAUUUGUACACUAAGGAGACUAAAGCUGUCUCGUAUUCGGAUUUCGUUAAUUUGGAGCUGGUUCUCUUCUCUAAUGGUGACAAUGUUAGGUCUAUCCCAUCAAUGGUGGACGGGCUGAAGCCCGGCCAACGUAAGGUGAUCUUCACGUGCAUCAAGCGUAACGACAAGCGAGAGGUCAAGGUGGCGCAGCUGGCUGGUUCAGUAGCCGAACAUUCCGCUUACCAUCACGGGGAGCAGUCCCUGUCGAUGACGAUCGUGAACCUGGCGCAGAACUACGUGGGCUCCAACAACAUCAACCUGCUGGAGCCGCGCGGGCAGUUCGGCACGCGGCUCAGCGGCGGCAAGGACUCCGCCAGCCCCCGAUACAUCUUCACGCUCAUGUCGCCGCUGGCCAGGCUCGUGUUCCAUCCCCACGACGACCCGCUGCUAGUGCACGAAUUCGAAGACAACCAGAAGAUCGAGCCGAUGUACUACAUCCCCAUCCUGCCGAUGCUGCUGGUGAACGGCGCCGAGGGCAUCGGCACCGGCUGGUCCACCAAGAUCCCGCAGUACAACCCCCGGGACAUCGUCGAGAACAUACGCCUAUUGCUCGACGGGGACGAGCCAAAACCCAUGCAUCCGUGGUACAAGAACUUCAAGGGCCAUGUGGAGGGCUUCGGCGACAAAUACGUCAUUUCCGGCGAGGCGGCCAUCUUGCCCGGCGACAAGAUCGAGAUCACGGAACUUCCGGUCGGCGUGUGGACGCAGAAUUAUAAGGAGAAUGUUCUAGAACCCAUGUUGGGGACGGAUAAAGUGAAGCCACUCAUUUCUGAGUACAGGGAAUACAACACAGACACAACAGUCCGCUUCGUGGUGUCCCUCCUGCCAGGCAAGCUGCCCGAGGUGGAGGCGGAGGGCAUCCACAAGGUGUUCAAGCUGCAGACCACCAUCUCCAUGACCUGUAUGAACGCUUUCGACCACAAUAACUGCCUUAAGAAGUAUGACAAAGUGGAAGAAAUUCUCCGCGAGUUCUACUCGCUCCGCAUGAAGUAUUACGCGCGGCGCAAGGACUGGCUCGAGGGACAGCUGCAGGCCGAGGCCGACAAGCUCUCCAACCAGGCCCGCUUCAUCCUGGAGAAGUGCGACAAGGGGCUCGUGGUCGAGAACAAGAAGAGGAAGGCCAUGGUCGAGGAACUCAUCAAGCGAGGUUACGCGCCGGACCCGAUCGCGGACUGGAAGAAGCGCGCCUCCAAGAUGCAGGGGCUCGAAGUGGUCGAGGAGGAACCCGAGUCCGAGGAGGAGCCCGAACCCGAACCAGAGAAGGGCAAGCCCGUUGACCCAGAAAAGGCAUUCCAAGCGCUGAAAGACGUGAAGAAGUUCAACUACCUGCUGGGCAUGUCCAUGUGGAUGCUCACCAAGGAGAAGAAAGAUGAACUGCUCAAGCAGAGAGACCAGAAACUCAGCGAGCUCGAAGCUCUUAAGAAGAAAACUCCAGCGAUGCUCUGGCGCGAGGACCUGGACGCCUUCCUCAUCAAGCUCGAGGACGUGGAGGAGAAGGAGCGCCAGGAGGAGCUCACCACCAACAAGAAGACCGCCAAGGCACUGAUGGAUAGAAUGAAGGCAAACAAGAACAAGAGUCGCAAAUCUAUGUUGGACAUCGCUCCAUCAACGAACGGACGGCGUGUGGAGCCGAAGAUCUCCGAGGACCUUAUCAAGCGUAUUCAGGCCGCCGAGAAGGCCAAGACCAGGAAGGAGAUCAAAAAGGAGUACGACCCGGAUGACCCAGCCGGCAUCAGCCCGUCGAGCGGCGAGAAAAAGCCCAAAUCCAGAGUGAAGAAGGAGAAGGCAGAGAAGCCUGAGAAACCGGAGAAUAACGGCCUCAAGCAGAGCAAGCUCAAUUUCAAGAAGGAGAAGAAAGCUAGUCCCAAAAAGAAGAUGAACUUCUCGGGCAGCGACAGCGAGGAGCUGUCGGGCUCGGACGCCGACGUGGCCGCCGAGCCCGUGCUGCCGAGGGAGCGGACUAACGCCCGCAGAGCUGCCACCAAGGUUCAAAAGUACAAAGACUCGGAGCCCUCGUCGUCCGAGUCGGAGCCCGAGCUGCUGGAGCAGCGGCCGGACGCGGCGCCCGCGCGCGCGCUGUCGCUCAGCGACGACGACGACGACUUCACCGUCAGGAAGACCGCCAAGCCCAAGCCCAAGAAGCCCGUCGAGAUGGACUCAGACUGCCUGUUCGACUCGCUCAUCGAGGAAUCCAAGAAAGACGAAUCCUUCAAAACGUCGCUGAACCACAAGUCGCCGUCCCCGUCGCCGGCGGCGCUGUCCAGCGACGCCGAGCCCGCGUCGCCGCCCGCGAAGAAGAAGGCCGCGCCCAAGAAGAAGGAGAAGCCGGAGAAGGCGGAGAAACCGAAGAAGCGGCCCGCGAAGGCGAUCAGUCUCGAUAGCGAUGAGGAUGAUAGCAUAUUUGAUAGUAAAAAGGACAAGAAGAAGACGAAUCCUAAGAAGAAGGCAAAGAAGUCGAGCAGCGGCUCCGAGUCCGAGGGCCUCCGCGCCUCCCCGCCCGCCCGCCCCGCCGGCCGGGCGCGCGCCCCCGCCAAGUCCAAGUACACCUUCAGCGAUGAUGAUGAUGAGGACAGUGAUUAACGAACCGCUCACAGAUAACACGGAUCCAGUAUUUUGUACAUAAAGCGAGCAGCAGCCCAGUGUCCGUAUCCUCGUCUCGAAGAAAUAUCUCUCAUAUUUACCUAAUCUUAUUAGAUUUAUUUUUUUACCCCCGACCUAUUAGGUUAGCUCGUGGACGCACGAUUUUAUUGACGGACGGAGUGACGAACUCUAAACUAAAACAAUUUUUUAGUUAAAUAAACAUUAAGCUCCAAGAAUAAGGAGGCUAAAAGUAAUUUUUACAUAAGUAGACAUUUAAAUUGGCAAUGUUUGCCUAAAUGAAAUGGACAUUGUAUAUAUUUCUUUGGAAAUUAGCCUUAUUUUCCUUCUUAAUUUUGUUUAAUCUACUUUUUCAAGCUUAUACAUAUGGUGUAAGUCUUUCUUAUUAAUUUAUUGUGUCGAUUAAUCUCAAAUUAAGUGCUCUUUGCUUACUUAUUAAGUUUUGAUAUGAGGAUUUUACUUUUAGUUGAAUCUGUGUCUUGAAUGCUCUCAUUCCAAUUAUUACCUUAAUUUUUGAAUGAAAUAUUUUCAUUGUCAAUUAAUAUUAUAAUUAAUGCAACAUAUGCUAUUUCUAUAAGGAUGAGGUUUACUUCAUAUUUAUUUAUGAUUCUGUCAUUGAGUGGCCUCUGUUUAAUGUUCAUUAUCUUAGAUGCAAUUUGAUUAUUUCCUGUUUCGACAUUAAUUUCAUUGUUUGUUAAUUUCCAUUGACAUGUAAAUAAAAGAACAAUUUUAAGGUUUA